AUGGCAGCCGUCAAAGCUCUAAACCCGAAGGCGGAGGUGGCCAGGGCCCAGGCCGCCCUGGCGGUCAACAUAAGCGCCGCCCGGGGACUCCAGGACGUCCUCAAGACCAACUUGGGCCCGAAAGGCACCAUGAAGAUGCUGGUUUCUGGGUCAGGAGACAUCAAGCUGACUAAAGAUGGAAACGUUCUCUUACACGAGAUGCAAAUUCAGCACCCGACAGCUUCGCUCAUCGCCAAAGUGGCCACCGCCCAGGAUGACAUCACGGGUGACGGGACCACCUCCAACGUCCUCAUCAUCGGCGAGCUGCUCAAGCAGGCUGACCUCUACGUUUCAGAGGGCCUGCACCCGAGGAUUGUGGCAGAGGGCUUCGAGUCGGCCAAAGAGAAAGCGCUGGCUGUGCUGGAAGAAGUCAAAGUGACCCGUCAGAUGGAUAGGGAGACCCUCCUGGAGGUGGCACGGACUUCCCUCAGGACCAAAGUCCAUGCCGAGCUGGCUGACUUGCUCACUGAGGCAGUGGUGGAUGCCGUGCUGACCAUCGCUAAGCCCAACGAGCCCAUCGACUUGUACAUGGUGGAGAUCAUGGAGAUGAAACACAAGACUGACUGCGACACACAACUGAUCCGAGGCCUGGUGCUGGACCACGGGGCGCGGCACCCCGACAUGAAGAAGCGGGUGGAGGACGCCUUUGUGCUGACGUGCAACGUGUCGCUGGAGUACGAGAAGACUGAGGUCAACUCGGGCUUUUUCUACAAAAGCGCCGAAGAGCGCGAGAAGUUCGUGGUCGCAGAGAGGAAGUAUAUUAUGGAACGCGUCGCCAAGAUCGUCACCUUCAAGAAGCGGAUGUGCGCCGACGGCGAUAAGGCCUUUGUUGUCAUCAACCAAAAGGGUAUUGACCCUUACUCUCUGGAUGCCCUUGCCAAGGAAGGCAUUGUUGCCCUGCGUAGAGCCAAGAGGAGGAACAUGGAAAGGCUGACAUUGGCUUGCGGGGGCAUUGCCAUGAACUCGGUGGACGACCUCACGCCAGAAUGUUUGGGUCACGCCGGGCUGGUGUAUGAGCACACGCUGGGUGAGGAGAAAUUCACAUUCAUUGAGAAGUGCGAAAACCCUCGCUCGGUGACGCUGCUCAUAAAAGGUCCUAAUAAGCACACGCUGACGCAGAUCAAAGACGCCGUCAGGGACGGACUGCGCGCUGUAAAGAAUGCCAUCCAAGACGGUUGCGUAGUGCCGGGCGCGGGCGCCUUGGAAGUGGCGUUGGCUGACGCGUUGGUCAAGCAUAAAGCCAGCGUGAAGGGACGAGCGCAACUCGGCGUGCAGGCCUUUGCUGACGCCCUCCUCGUCAUUCCUAAGGUUCUGGCCCAGAACUCGGGCUACGACCCCCAGGAAACGCUUGUGAAGCUGCAGACAGAGUUGAAAGCAUCCGGUGGGCAACUGGUGGGCGUCGACCUGAGCUCAGGGGAGCCGAUGGUGGCAAGCGAGGCGGGCGUGUGGGACAACUACAGCGUCAAGAAGCAACUUCUUCACUCUUGUACGGUGAUUGCCAGCAACAUCUUGCUGGUGGAUGAGAUCAUGCGCGCUGGAAUGUCUUCCCUCAGAGGUUAA